AUGGCACCACGCAGCAACAGACAGAUCCUUACGCAAGGUAAAAACUAUGUGGCCAAACAGGCGAAGAAAUUCGGUGCAGAUGAGGUAACUUUCGACAAAGACUCCAGACUGGACUACCUGACAGGAUUCCAUAAACGUAAGCUAGAGAGACAGAAAAAGGCUCAGGACUUCAACAAGGAACAGGCUAGACAGCUGAAAGUGGAGGAACGCAAAAAAAUUCGGGAUCAGCGUCGAAAAGAUGCAGAGGAACAAAUGCGGAAAUUCAAAGAAACCAUGAAAGAAGUGGGUGACUACAUAGGCUCGGAUGACGAGUUCAACAGUGGGAAACAGGGCCUAGAUGAUGCCAGUGACAAAGGAGAAGACGCAGACACAAACGAGGACCCCUGGGACGGGUUUUCAGAUCAGGAAGGCGACUCCAGCGCAGAGCGCUCAGUACGGCCUAUUUUGAAGAAAACGCAACAGCACUACGAAGACGAUACAUUGGUAGAUAUCGAGCCUCUAGAACCCAACGAGAAUUUUGCGUAUCUGGCGUCCCGAAACAACGUCAAACUCGAGAAAUCCGCAGAAGUGUUGGAUGAGAGUAUCGAGCGGGCCGCCAAAUACGCCAAAUUUUUGGGAAUGGACGACAAGCCUAAGAAGAAGAAGAAGUUCAGAUACCUUACCAAGGCAGAAAGAAGACAGAAUCAGAAAAAGGCGAACACCAACAAACGCAGAAAAUAA